AUGGAGCUGUCUCUGAGACUCACUCCUCCCCCUUCGAGUUCAACUUCAUCGCUUCCUGCAGCGCUUGCUCACUGCUCCAAGCUAUGUGAAUUUCAACCCCGGAAAAAGAAGAACGCGUGUUUUGACGCGCCUAGGCUUUGGGUGCGUUGUGUGAAGGCUUCGGCGGAGAGAAGCGGCGAUGCAAUCGAUGAUGGGGAGACUCGAACCGGAUUCACCACACCUGCCAUGGAGGUCACCACAUUCAAUCGCAGCACUUUCAACGACGCUGACUUUCCCGUUUGGGAAAAGAUUGGUGCUGUCGUCAGACUCAGUUAUGGCAUCGGGAUUUACGGUGCCAUGGCUGUUGCGGGGAGUUUUAUUUGUUCGAUUACAGGAAUUGACUCUCUGGGGGGUUUCCAUCUAUCGUUAGAUGCCAUUUUGAAAGGGCUUGGAUAUGCAGCUCCUCCAAUUAUGGCCCUUUUGUUUAUACUCGAUGACGAAGUGGUGAAACUAUCACCCCAUGCCCGUGCCAUCAGAGAUGUAGAGGAUGAAGAACUGUGGAGCUUUUUCUACGGGAUGUCCCCUUGGCAGUUUAUAUUGAUGGUUGCUGCAAGUUCAGUUGGAGAGGAGCUCUUCUACAGGGCUGCUGUUCAGGGGGCAUUGGCUAAUAUAUUUUUGAGAGGCAGUAAUCUUAUAACAGAUGCUCAAGGAAUGGCAUCAUUGACUGGUGUGCUGCCUCCAUUUGUUCCAUUUGCUCAGGCAUUUGCAGCUGUUCUUACAGCUGUGCUUACUGGAUCUCUAUAUUACAUGGCUGCCUCUCCUAAAGAUCCUACUUAUGUUGUUGCACCUGUUUUACAAUCUCGCUCUGGUCGUCAAGAUUUGAAAAAGCUGUUUGAAGCCUGGUAUGAGAAACGGCAAAUGAAAAAAAUUUAUUCCCCACUUCUGGAAGGACUGCUGGCCCUCUACCUAGGUUUUGAGUGGAUCCAGACUGAUAACAUUCUUGCUCCCAUUAUCACACAUGGCAUAUACUCCACUGUGAUAUUGGGACAUGGACUUUGGAAGAUAAAUGACCACCGGCGUAGACUACGUCAGAGAAUCCAAAAGCUAAAAUUAGAAGAAAAAAACACCAACUAG